ACCAGUGGGCGGGGUCUCCCGCGAGUUAGAGGAUUGCUGAGCACGGCGGGACGGAGCGCUGCGACAUUUGAGAUCCCCGAGCUCCGCCGCUGUCAAAUCAUCAGCAUGGGCGCCGUGCAUCCGGCGUGGGACGGAGAGAAGCUGCGGAAAAAUCGACGUGGGCUCGGCAAGCGACUAACGGCAGGGAGACGACGGCUGUUGUAACGGAAUGAAGCCCACCACACAGAAGGGGUGAAGAUCCUGGAGGACUGCACGGGAUGGGCAACACAAGCAAGAAUAAGCCUGGCCAGAAGAUGGCAAUUUUCGGUGCCAUCUUCCUCGUGAUGACGCUCCUCAUCUUCUACAGCUCCAACAGUGGCAAUGAAAGCUUCCGCUACAUCCCGCUGAAGGGCGCCCUGGGCUAUCACCUGCAUGGCCGCACAUCCAACUUAAAGCAGUGGGCAGAUGGCGACGGCUACCUUCCGGUCUAUGGAAACAAGACGAUGCAGCUCCAUUGUGGCCGAUGUGCGCUGGUGACGAGCUCAAGCCACCUGCUAGGCAGCAACAUGGGCCCGAAGAUCGACCAGGCAGAGUGCGUGAUCCGUAUGAACGACGCGCCCACGACGGACUACGAGAAGGAUGUGGGCAAUCGCAGCACCAUGCGCGUCGUGGCGCACUCCAGUGUUUACCGUGUCAUCCGACGGCCCCAGGAAUUUCUCAACAAAACGCCUGAUGCCAUCCUUAUCUUCUGGGGACCACCCUCCAAAAUUGGCCGUGAAGCCAAGGGCACCCUCUUCAGGCUCGUGCAGAAGGUUGGCAUGGCCUUUCCAAACCUGUCGGCCUUCAUCGUGGCCCCGACGAGAAUGCAGCGCUUCGACGAGCUCUUCCACAAGGAGACGGGCCGAGACAGGGAGAAGUCGCGCUCCUGGCUCAGCACAGGCUGGUUCACCAUGGUGAUCGCCAUCGAGUUGUGUGACAGCAUUCAAGUCUACGGGAUGGUGCCCCCCUACUACUGCAGCUCCAGGCCUCAGCCCAAGAAGCGGCCCUACCACUACUACGAGCCCAAGGGGCCUGAUGAAUGUACCACCUACAUCCAGAACGAGCGAGGGCGCCGGGGCAAUCACCACCGCUUUAUCACCGAGAAGCAGGUGUUUGCUCGCUGGGCCAAGCUCUACAACAUCACCUUCUCCAACCCUCGGUGGUGAGUGCCAAGACGGACUGAAUCCCAGUGCCCCAGGAAGGGGGCAUCUCCCUGAGGUGAACCGGCGACGUGACGUGCCAGGAAGGCCUCACUGUGCUGUCCUGUCCAGCUCUUGAUGAACCACGACUGCCAAAGGUGCCAGCCUGAAGAAGCAGCAAGAGAUGUGCUCGACAGCAUGGGGCAGUCCAGCCGAAGGGCUACCAUGUGCUGUCACACAGCUGAGGACCAAGUGUGCCCAAGCGUGUUCUUGCUGUUUGGAAGGGUGCUGCCACCCGCCAUCUUUCAGUCCAUGCCACAGGUGAUGGGUUUGGCCACUUUAGGGAAGACAACGUGUUCUGCAAAAUGCCAGGGCACAUCAUGACAUGUCACAGCACACCCCCGAGUGUCACUGCUACACACUGAAUGAGAACAAGCUGGCACACAAGUCCUGGGUGCUGGCACACUUUUAGGGGCUCACGGUAGUGUGGCCUUUUGUCUGCAUGUCACUCUUGGGUGAAGGGCGUCACAACACAUAAACGAAGACCACGACCAAGGGUGUGCCAACAGAGCUGCGCAACAUCACUCGUGAGCCAGGCCACUAUAGGUGCCCAGGGCUGUGUGGGGUCGAGCCUCUGUAAAGCCCGCCAUUACACCUCCCGCUCAUCACUCUAGGGGUCCUGUCCUGAUGCCAGGCCAGCUCAGCUCUAUUUAGUUUUUAUAUAGCGCCCCUUCACCAGCCCUGCAUAGAUGAUCUGAGUCAGUAAACUGAAUGAUACGACGAGGCCCCAAAAUCUGACGGGACCGUCACUGCCAAAUAUGCUUGAGGCCAGCUGGGGACAUUGGGGGGGGGAGGAGGAGGCGGCCAGACUGAAAUGCAAGGGUGGGCGGUGCAGCCCCUCAGUGCUGGCGUGAGCCACAGACUUGGGUGGGCUGACAUUUGAAGAGGCAGGACAGACAGACAGACAGGGUCCUUAUUGUCACGUGGACAGACUACUGACAUCUGCUGAUCUCAUGCAGGACUGAAGUCCACCAACACAAAACCAAAUGACAGGCAAAGAGCAGGCGAGCGCAGGACCCCAUCAGUGACAAACGUCACAGAAAUGAAAAAAAGUGAAAGUGACAACAAUCACCAGGGGGGCUCAACAAUGGCGGCCGCACCAGAGGUAAAGGGCCACAAGGCGGGAGCAGCACCCCGGCCAUCAGAGCCCCGCCCCUCAUGUAUGUAAAUAGGGUGGCAUGACAACAAAGGACCGGCUGGAGGCGGAGCUUUAGGUACAGCUAAUGAAGGCCUUGGAGGGCGGAGCUUCAGACAUGGGUAGGAGUGUCCAGGGGGCAAAGGUUUUGAUGCAAAUUGGGGGAGCCAGGACUAAAUAGUGGGCAGGGGGUUACACAGGGAUAGGGGGCCAGCGGUAAAUAAUUAUCUAAAGUGGGGGGCCCAAAAGUAAAUAUCAGAAUAAAGGAAGGCCUGGGGUGGGGCUUCAGACGCAGAUGGGAGGGGUCGGGGCAAAAAGCAGGCGGGGCCAGAGGUGAAUAGCUGGCAAUAGGGUGACCUGGGGGAGGAGUCUCGGCAACAGAUGUGUGAGACCAGAGGUGAAUGGUUGGCCACAGGAUGGCCCGGGGGAGGAGCCACAGCAGCAGAUAGGCGGGGCCAAGGUUGGUUUGGGGUGGAGCUCAGGCCCAUUUCUGACAGCCUCUGAUGGGCAGCAGGACAGGAAUGCAGAAGGCCACAGGUACAAAUGCCAGUGCUGCUGUGAAAGGAGCUAUAUGACCCUCUGAAUGGUAGACUGCUGCCUGAACUGCCCGUUUACCAGCUAAGCCAACAGAGUUCUGGCGAGGCUGCUGAUAAAAGAAAUGCACCUGAAAGGAUUCAGUCACACUGGCCACGUUUUCAUGGCACAAUGCCACCAUGCUGUGCUCCAGUGUGCCCAAAAUUUGUCUGCUGAUGAUAAAAGGCCUUGUGGCGUACGUAAUUACUACUCUGUACAUAGUGCCUUGAUCGCCACGUCCUUCCUAAAGUCCUUUACUGGUAUUCUUCCUAGAAGAGCGGGCACAGGUGGGUAUUGUGUUGGGAGGCGGGAUUGGCGUCACAGAAUGCCAGCUGAUUUUCUGCAGCUGAACACAUGAAUUCUUCAGAACUUUGGCGGAUUGUGACGGCCAUCCCAGAGAGUCCGGCAGUCUGCUCACAUGUUGAGCACAUUAAAAGCCAGGCGGCCGGUGCAGGGGUGCUUUUUACCAGCAGGACCCCCGACACAUUCUGCCAUUCAGACCCAUUUUCUUCUUGCGUUUUCUGGCCCAUCCGUGUCAUCUGAUUGUCCAACCUCCUCAAAUGUCCAAAACGGUGCAAGCACUUGGCCUGAAGGGUGAAGCAGACAAAAGGCUGGUGGUGGCACCGGUGCAGGGUCCAGGACUGACGCAGGCCCCCUUUACAGGUCAAAGUUCAUACACGAAUGCCAACAGAGCAGCGGCGACAACACGUGAGUGCCAGCCCAUCUUCAUGUCUGCUGACUUCACUCUGCUCUUCAUGUCACCGUCCUCAAGCUCGCUACUGGUCACCACAAAGCCAUUAAUGCCAUGGAGCAGCGGUGGUCAUUCAAGAGGGUGUGGCUGCAGUGUGGCCGACUUCUUUGAUUGGCCACUGAAGGCUUCUCAUGCGACAAAUAAAAGCGCACACUUGCCAGUUCACCAGUUGGGCCAAUAGUGUCACGGUGGCAGAAGUGACCACUGUCCCAGGUUUACCUUACUUGUCACUCGCUGGUGGGCGAGCCUCUCACCAAACAGCAAGGAGCACACGGUGGGCACCAACACUGCCAAUAAUGGGGACUUGCAUAGAAUGGUCGCUAGCAAUGCCCGCCUGCCUGCCUGCCUGCCUGCCCGCCCAUUCUCUCCGCUCAGGAUAAGGGGGCAUUUUGUACUUUUGUGAUUUAUUCAAAGUGACUGCCGCUGUGUCUUUUCAUGCGCUUUAUUUUGUAGUUGUUUUCUAACGAGUUUAUGUACCUCGGUGGCCCAGCGUGCCCAGUCUGCCUUUGUUGUACGUCCAGUGGCGGCUUCAUGACGUGGACUGUGAGUCAAUAAAGCCAUCGGAGG